UAUAUUUUUCUAUACAAAAUGAACGAUACUCUCAAUUCGGAGGAGCAACGUGAACGCAUUGAGAACGCUCUGCUCAAUGCCAUCGACGACAUUGACCGGGAUCAUCUGCGUAAAUUGCAGUUGACAAUGCAUGGAUGUGCCAAACGCUGUUGCGCUGAUGCUGACGCUAGUGCUGAAGCCGUGCAGCGUUGCGUAGAUCGCUGCCAGUUACCGCUGACGCGUGCACGUUGCUACGUGCAACAAGAGUUGGCUGAAUUCGAGUCACAAUUGGAGGGCUGCAUGCGCGACUGUCAACUGCCGCCUAAUGAGGAUAAUAAGCAAGCAGGUUGCCACUUGGAGCGUUGCACGCUGGACUGUGUGGACAGGCACGUGGCAUUGCUCCCGGAACUCUUACGCUCCAUGCGCGCCACCCUAGAGAAGGGUCUUUAAAUGUUACAACACCAUAUGUGUGUGUGUUGUGUUGUGUGGUGUUAAUUAAAAUGUCUGCACAUCAGUCCGAGCUUAUCAGAGAGACACAGCACAGCUUAUUGACGAAACAGCAAACGAAGUUGCACAUUCCAAUCUAUGAUAUUUAAUUUUGAAGCCAGCUGCUUUUGCUUUUGCAUAUUU